AUGAACAGACAGCCUCAGUAUAUUGUCGUUAAUGGUGGAAAGAAAAAGAAAGCUGUUGCUGUUGCUCCUCUGCCAAAGAAGAGUAAUAUGGACAUGGACAAGGAGGAAGAUGUAUGGCCAACCAGUCUCAAGGAAUAUGUAGCAAACGCUUUCUCAAACUGCUUGCCCAAUAUGAAGACAACAUUGGAGACGCAAUUGAAAGCAAUCAUCAAGCAGGCCAAAAACACUAAUAUGAUGGACGUGAUUGAUUGGAACAGUCGAGACUUACCAAGUGCAUGUAUAACAACAAAUAAUCCCAAUGGAGUAGAUUUAUUUCACAAGCAAGCCAAGAUAGGGACGAAAAAGACAGCAUCGACGAUAGGAAACAUAGAAUUAACGCCUGCCGAAGAAAGAAAGAGACAGCUUAGAGCCAUGCGAUUUCAAAACGAUGUGCCAGCAACACCUGCCACGGUGGAACCAGCGAGAAAGAAGAAGAAGGCAUUUACACCCAUUGUGUGGGGGAAUGAAGCAGAGGCGGAUAUGAAUGAUGUGAUUGUUGGAACCAGCACUGAAUUAGAGAAGCCCUACUUUAGACUGACAUCGGCUGCUGAUCCAGCAACAGUGAGACCGCUGAAUAUUCUCAAGAAGGCUUUCAAGAUGCUGCGACAAAAGUGGAGAGAGGAUGGAAAUUAUUCAUAUAUCUGCGAGCAACUAAAGUCCAUGCGACAGGAUCUGACUGUACAAAGAAUCCGCACAGAAUUCACAGUUCGAGUAUAUGAAACCCAUGCUAGGAUCGCACUAGAAAAGGGAGAUAUUGGAGAAUACAAUCAAUGCCAAACACAACUGAAAUACCUUUACGAACAAAAUAUCCCUGGUUGUGAAGACGAAUUUUUGGCAUAUCGAAUCCUGUACAUGUUAUUUUCUCAGAAUCAAUCGGAUAUCAAUGCCAUGCUGGAAGAAAUGUGCGAUGUAGGAUUACAAAACCAUGCUGAAUGUGUGCGACAUGCUUUGAUGGUGCGAUCUGCAUUAGCGAAAGGAAACUAUCACAAAUUCUUUAGGUUGUAUGAAACGGCACCCAACAUGGGAGGCUACUUAUUGGAUCAGUUUGUAGGCAGAAAGCGAAUCGAUGCAUUGAUAGUGAUCUGUAAAGUUUACAAGAUGGGCAUUUCGUUGGCGUAUGUUGCAAAGGAAUUGUCAUUUGAUAGUGUCAAGAAGCUUGCCAAGUUCCUUCGCGAGCACGGCAUCAAGCAGCUGGCUAGCAAGAGCAAAGACGCAAUGCUGGACACAAGGACAGCUCUUCCUGUGUUGAUGGCACAGAGCAAAAACUACAAUAAGGUGGACAUCAAGGGGCAGAUUUAG